UAUAGACAUUUCGGCAAGUGCAUCUGCCUCCGCCAGAGCAUCAGCAGAAUUAGACAUUUCGGCAGUGCAUCAGCCUCCGCCUCUGCUGAAUUAGACAUUUCGGGAAGUGCAUCCGCCAGCGCAUCGGGAAAAGUCAGUGCUUCCGGCAGCGCAUCGGUUGGCAUUCGUGGAUCGGCUGAGAUCGAUGUAGAAAUUAGUGCAAGGGCUAAUGUUGAUGCUGAUUUUGAAGUAGGUGUCAGUGCUGAUUUUAGUGCCGAUUUAGAUUUCGAUGCCAGUAUUGGAGGAGACAGCGGGCAUAGGAGGCGUCGAAGAAGCGCGGAGUCUCUGGAAUUUGAUAUCGGUGGACCACUAGACUUUAGUGCAAAUGUCGGUGCAGGCAUAAAAGUUGACGUCGGAACAGAAGUGGAGGUUGGUGUUUCAGCUCAUGCAAGCGCAUCCGCCUCUGCCGAAUUGGACGUCGCGGCAAGUGCAUCAGCCACUGCCAAAUUAGACCUUGCGGCAAGUGCAUCCGCCUCUGCCGAAUUGGACGUUGCGGCAAGUGCAUCAGCCUCUGCCAAAUUAGACCUUGCGGCAAGUGCAUCCGCCUCCGCCAGCGCAUCAGCUAAAUUAGACAUUUCGGCAAGUGCAUCUGCCUCCGCCAGUGCAUCAGCAGAAAUAAGCAUUUCGGCAAGCGCAUCUGCCUCUGCCAGUGCAUCCGCUUCCGCUAAAUUAGACGUUUCGGCAAGUGCAUCUGCCUCCGCCAGUGCAUCCGCAGAAUUAGACGUUUCGGCAAGUGCAUCUGCCUCUGCCAGUGCAUCCGCUUCCGCCAAAUUAGACGUUUCGGCAAGUGCUUCUGCCUCCGCCAGUGCAUCAGCUGAAUUAGACAUUUCAGCAAGUGCGUCUGCCUCUGCCAGUGCGUCCGCCGAAUUAGACAUUUCGGCAAGUGCAUCUGCCUCUGCCAGUGCUUCUGCAUCCGCCAGCGCAUCAGCUAAAUUAGACGUUUCAGCAAGUGCAUCCGCCUCCGCAAGUGCUUCAGCUGAAUUAGAUAUUUCGGCAAGUGCAUCUGCCUCUGCCAGUGCAUCCGCCAAAUUAGAUGUGUCCGCUAGUGCAUCCGCAUCCGCCAAAUUAGACAUUUCGGCAAGUGCAUCAGCAUCGGCCAGUGCAUCCGCCGAAUUAGACAUUUCGGCAAGUGCGUCUGCCUCUGCCAGUGCAUCCGCUUCCGCCAAAUUAGACGUUUCAGCAAGUGCAUCCGCCUCCGCCAGUGCAUCAGCUGAAUUAGAUGUUUCGGCAAGUGCAUCUGCCUCCGCCAGUGCUUCUGCAUCCGCCAGCGCAUCAGCUAAAUUAGACGUUUCGGCAAGUGCUUCUGCCUCUGCCAGUGCAUCAGCUGAAUUAGACAUAUCAGCAAGUGCGUCUGCUUCUGCCAGUGCGUCCGCCGAAUUAGACAUUUCGGCAAGUGCGUCUGCCUCUGCCAGUGCAUCCGCUUCCGCCAAAUUAGACGUUUCAGCAAGUGCAUCCGCCUCCGCCAGUGCAUCAGCUGAAUUACAUAUUUCGGCCAGCGCAUCUGCUGACUUCAGUGCCAGUGCCUCGGCCGACCUCAGUGCCAGCGCUUCGGCUGACAUCAGCGCCAGCGCAUCCGCUAGCCUUAGCGCCAGCGCAUCCGCUAGCCUCAGUGCCAGCGCAUCGGCUGAUAUUAGCGCUAGCGCAUCUGCUGACUUCAGCGCCAGCGCAUCGGCUGACAUUAGUGCCAGCGCUUCGGCUGAUAUCAGUGCCAGCGCAUCCGCUAGUCUCAGCGCCAGCGCUUCAGCUAGCCUUAGCACUAGCGCAUCUGCUGACUUCAGUGCCAGCGCUUCGGCUGACGUCAGUGCCAGCGCAUCGGCUAGUAUUAGCGCCAGCGCAUCUGCUGACUUGAGUGCCAGCGCAUCUGCAGAUUUCAGUGCCAGCGCCUCCGCUGACCUCAGUGCCAGCGCUUCGGCUGAUAUCAGUGCCAGCGCCUCUGCUGACUUCAGUGCCAGCGCUUCGGCUGACUUCCGUGCCAGUGCCUCGGCUGACCUCAGUGCCAGCGCAUCGGCUGAUUUAAGUGCCAGCGCUUCGGCUAGUCUUAGCGCUAGCGCAUCUGCUGACUUGAGUGCCAGCGCAUCUGCUCACUUCAGUGCCAGCGCUUCGGCUGACAUCAGUGCCAGUGCCUCGGCUGACUUCAGUGCCAGCGCUUCGGCUGACAUCAGUGCCAGCGCAUCGGCUGACUUCAGUGCCAGCGGAUCCGCUAGCCUCAGCGCCAGCGCAUCGGCUGACUUCAGUGCCAGCGCAUCGGCGGACUUCAGCGCCAGCGCAUCGGCUGACUUUAGUGCCAGCGCUUCGGCUGAUUUAAGUGCCAGCGCUUCGACUAGCCUUAGCGGUAGCGCAUCAGCUGACUUGAGUGCCAGCGCAUCUGCAGACUUCAGUGCCAGCGCUUCGGCUGACUUCAGUGCCAGUGCCUCGGCUGACAUCAGCGCCAGCGCAUCCGCUAGCCUUAGCGCCAGCGUAUCUGCUGACUUCAGUGCCAGCGCUUCGGCUGACUUCAGUGCCAGUGCUUCAACUGAUAUCAGCGCCAGUGCAUCUGCUGACUUCAGCGCCAGCGCUUCGGCUGACAUGAGUGCCAGCGCAUCCGCUAGCCUUAGCGUUAGCGCUUCGGCUGACAUGACUGCCAGCGCAUCCGCUAGCCUUAGCGCCAGCGCAUCGGCUGACUUCAGUGCCAGCGCAUCGGCUGACUUUAGUGCCAGCGCUUCGGCUGAUUUAAGUGCCAGUGCAUCUGCUGACUUCAGUGCCAGCGCUUCGGCUGACUUCAGUGCCAGUGCCUCGGCUGACAUCAGUGCUAGCGCAUCCGCCGUCAUUAGUGCAUCGGCGGAUUUCAGUACCAGCGCAUCGGCUCAUUUCAGUGCCAGCGCAUCGGAAGACAUCAGUACCAGCUCAUCGGCUCAUUUCAGUGCCAGCGCAUCGGAAGACACCAGUACGAGCGCAUCGGCUCAUUUCAGUGCUAGCGCAUCGGAAGACAUCAGUACGAGCGCAUCGGCUCAUUUCAGUGCCAGCGCAUCGGAAGACAUAAGUACCAGCGCUUCGGCUCAUUUCAGUGCCAGCGCUUCGGAAGACAUCAGUACCAGCGCAUCGGCUCAUUUCAGUGCCAGCGCAUCGGAAGACCUCAGUACCAGCGCAUCGGCUCAUUUCAGUGCCAGCGCAUCGGAAGACAUCAGUACUAGCGCAUCGGCUCAUUUCAGUGCCAGCGCAUCGGAAGACAUCAGUACCAGCGCAUCGGCUCAUUUCAGUGCCAGCGCAUCGGAAGACAUCAGUACCAGCGCAUCGGAAGGUAUCAGUACCAGCGCAUCGGCUCAUUUCAGUGCCAGCGCGUCGGAAGACAUCAGUACUAGCUCAUCGGCUCAUUUCAGUGCCAGCGCAUCGGAAGACAUCAGUACUAGCGCAUCGGCUCACUUCAGUGCCAGCGCAUCGGAAGACAUAAGUACCAGCGCAUCGGAAGGCAUCAGUACUAGCGCAUCGGCUCAUUUCAGUGCCAGCGCAUCGGAAGACAUCAGUACUAGCGCAUCGGCUCAUUUUAGCACAAGCGCAUCGACUGACAUCAGCACUUCGGCAGAUUUCUCAACGUCUGCGUCAGAUAAUGUUGAUGUUUCUGCUUCGGCUAGCGAUGAUAUCUCAUCUUCGGUGUCUGCUUCAGGUAGUGAAUCUCUAUCUGCUAGCGCAGAAUUUUCUUCUUCGGAUAAAGGAGACGUCUCAGGCUCUGCUUCUGCAUCAGGUAGUGUCUCUACGUCCGCUAAUGCUGAAUUUGCUCUGUCGACUAGCACAGACAUCUCAGACUCUGUUUCAACGAGUGCUGCUAUCUCUGGUGGUCUUUCUGGAAGUUUGGAUACAUCUGUAACAAUGUCUGAAGAAAUUUCUGAAUCGUAUGAGUUUUCAUUGUCAGAAUCUGACGAGUUUUCUGCCUCUGUGUCGGCUGAAAGGGAGUUGUAUGAUUCAUUCAAUUUUGACGGUGAUAGUGUCAGAGACGAAGUGAUACUUGAAGAUGAAAUUAGCGAAGGAGAUUUCUUUGAAUCGGGCGAAUUCGAAUUAGGAGGUGAUGAACUCGAAUUAGGAAAUGAUGAUGUUGAAUUAGGAGAUGAUGAAUUCGGCCUGUUUGAUACAGAUUUACUGGAUUUGGGAGGUUUUGAUAAUGAAGUAACUGCAGACGCAGAAUUCGGUCUGAAUAACAUUCAGUCAGCUCACACCUUUAAGAAUUCUCCCUUUUAUUUAGAUUAUUAAAUUAUGCUGUACGAGUUUAGAAAUGGCUUCUUGCCUUUUCUUAUAUGUGUGUGAUAUAUUGGACUGUACAGUUUCCUCGCCUAGGAAAAUACAAGACUUAAAACAAAAGAACUUUUGAAGAAAAAUCUCUUACAGUAAUAUGUGUUCUACAUUCCGCACCAAGAAAAAAGCAAAAAAACAAUGUAAAUGUAUUUUGAAAAUUUUAUCAUGAACAAAUUAGCACUGGAAUGUAUAGAAUAAAAAUGUGUAUGGAAUAAAUUCUACUUGACAGCUCUUUAUUCUGUAAACUAAACAAACUGAAUGUAAACUUUUUGCAUAAACAAACUGAAUUUUAACAUAUAGAAUAAAAACGUAUAUGGAAUAAGUUAUACCUGACAGCUCUUUAUUCUGCAUAAACGUUUUUUAUAAAUAAAAUGAAUUUUAAUAUGUGUCAUGUAA